CAGGUUUCCUACACUGAACCAGAUCAGAGAAGGGUCAACAACCUGCCUUCUUCAACAUCAUCCCAGAUCCGCCAUGGAAGUGACGGUUUGCGGUGCAUCGACGUGGAUCGACUGCUAGAGGAGCAGCGUGCUGGUGACAGUUGGGAAAGGAACCUACGAAGAUGGGUUUGGGGGGGAUCUUUUGGGGUUCGAUUGAGGUGGACGAGUGUUGAAUGCUGGGUUUUGUUUUGUUUGGGAGUUUCAAUUUAUGGGUUUGGGGAUAUUGUGCUGGGG